UUUGAUCCCGAGUGGGUGUAUUAAUAGGCGGUAGCGGGCGGGUGUGAGGACAGGGUGGUGAGAGGUGUCGGAGCAAAUGGCUUUCCACAAGACGCCAGAGCCGUACUACCGGUUCCCGGAGCGGACCGGCGGCGAGCAGCUGAGCUGCCAGCACUGUCAGCAGCCGCUGCACGGACAGCGCUUCGUGGAGAGGGACGGGCGCCCGUGCUGCACCCGCUGCUACGAGAAAAUUGUCGCCAACUCCUGCGCCGAUUGCAAGAAGCCGAUUGGCUGCGAUUCCAAGGAGCUGCACCACGAGGGCAAGUACUGGCAUGAGGGAUGUUUCCGCUGCUAUCACUGCAGCCGCUCGCUGGCCAACGACUCCUUCAGCAUCAAGAACGAGAGGAUCAUCUGCUCCAAGUGUAUGCCACGCACCGAUGCGUCCACCUGCCAUGGCUGCAAGCGGGCCAUCAAGCCAGGGACUAAGAGCUUUGAGUACAGUGGCUCUCACUGGCAUGAGCGCUGCUUCACCUGCCACCGCUGCCUGAAGGAGAUCGGCUCGGAGAGCUUCGUCCCUCGCGGAGACGACAUCUACUGCGUGUCCUGCAACCAGAAGAAGUUCUCGCAGCAUUGCACCCACUGCAAGAAGCCCAUCACCAGUGGAGGGGUGAGUUACAAGGAGGAGCCCUGGCACGCCGAGUGCUUCAUCUGCAAGACGUGCCGGAAGCCGCUGGGUGGGCAGCAGUUCUCGGGCCACGAGAACGCGCUCUACUGCGUCGAGUGCUACGGCACCUUCAUUGCCAAGAAAUGCGGAGCCUGCCGCAUGCCCGUUACCGGGUUUGGGGGAGCUGAGGUCGUGACCUAUGAGGAACGGCAGUGGCACAAAGACUGCUUCAAGUGCAGGAAGUGCUACGGCUCGCUGGCCAACAAGCGCUUUGUCACCCACAACAGGGACGUGUACUGUAGUGACUGCGGUAAAAACAUGUAGGCGAACAACACCCGAACACAAACACCGAGCACUCACUCGCUGCUCAAAGCCAGUUACUUAAACAGCAGCUAACUAUGUAAUUAACCACAUGCUUCAAUGGCAAUGAAAUAGCAACUAAUAGGAAAAGCUGACACCACGUUAGAUACACGUUGUGGUUUCUGCAAUGUAUUAUCCACAGAUAGGGCGAGAAAGGUGUGAAAGAAUGACAUGGAAUGUUCUUUAAAAUAUCUGCAAUAUUUAAUCGUGUAACAUUAUAGACGAGUUUAUGACAACAUUAAAUGCUGGGAUGAUUUUUGUGGAAGUGCAUGCUUUACUGACGUUUGUGGUGUUUUCAGACGCAAAUACAAAUGGCUACAUCAGGAAAUAUUCAUCUCCUUUGACAGGCCGCCAGUGUUAGAGAGAUACCCUCCAGUGUUAGAGAGUUACUCACCAGUGUUAGAGAGUUACAUACCAGUGUGAGAGAGUUAUCCGCCAGUGUUAGAGAGUUACCCGCCAGUGUUGGAGAUACCCGCCAGUGUUGGAGUUACCCGCCAGUGUUGGAGAUACCCGCCAGUGUAUGAGAGUUACCCGCCAGUGUGAGAGAGUUACCUGCCAGUGCAUGAGAGUUACCCGCCAGUGCAUGAGAGUUACCCGCCAGUGUGAGAGAGUUACCCGCCAGUGUGAGAGAGUUACCCGCCAGUGUGAGAGAGUUACCCGCCAGUGUGAGAGAGUUACCCGCCUGUGUUAGAGAGUUACCCGCCAGUGUUGGAGUUACCCGCCAGUGCAUGAGUUACCCGCCAGUGCAUGAGAGUUACCCGCCUGUGUUAGAGAGUUACCCGCCAGUGUUGGAGUUACCCGCCAGUGUUGGAGUUACCCGCCAGUUUAUGAGAGUUACCCGCCAGUGUUGGAGUUACCCGCCAGUGUUGGAGUUACCCGCCAGUGUUGGAGUUACCCGCCAGUUUAUGAGAGUUACCCGCCAGUGUUGGAGAGUUACCCGCCAGUGUUGGAGUUACCCGCCAGUGUUGGAGUUACCCGCCAGUGUUGGAGUUACCCGCCAGUGUUGGAGUGCAGAGUGGGAGUUUCCGCUAUAAAGGAUUGAACAUUUAAACACCAAUAUUCAGCGUAUUAUAAUUUCACAACAGUUUUAUCUUAUAUUAAAUUGUGUGCUAUCAUGUGGCGUUUCUAAACUAAUAUUUGAGGCUACAUCCGAGUUGAAAUACCACUUAUCGGGAAAUAACACAAAACCUAUGUUAAUUAUGUGUGUGGACCGUGACUUGUCAGCAUGUGGGGUCAGAGUCCAAUGUACGGAAUUAUCUAGAGCAUAAAAAUAUUACCUUUUAAUAAAGUUUAAUCUGCAAGUGGC